AUGUCGACUGCCGGAACACACGAAGCCAUUGUGCUACAUGGGGCUCAAGACCUCCGGGUUGAAGUUGUCAAAACGCCUGCCUUGCGACCCAACGAAGUCUCCAUAGCGCCGCGGGCUACCGGCCUGUGCGGCACUGAUCUCCAUUACUACGAAAACGGACGCAAUGGCAUGUUCGUGAUCGAUGAGCCUCUCAUCCUCGGACAUGAAGCAGCCGGUGAGAUUCUUGAGAUAGGGUCCUCGGUCACAGCUUUCAGGGUCGGAGAUCGCGUGGUGUUUGAACCCCAGCGGCCAUGUGGAUCUUGUCAAGAAUGUCGACAUGGCACCUACAAUCUAUGCCGAAAGCUCAAAUUUACCGGUUCCGCAAGCGCAAAUCCUCCUAUUCAAGGCUCACUUCAAACCGUGUACCAGCACCCGGCCGAGUUUGUGUUCUCUAUUCCCGACUCGAUCAGUUAUCCGGAAGCAGCAUUGAUUGAGCCACUUUCCGUGGCUCUACAUGCCGUACGGCGCGCCGGUCUACAGACGGGACAGUCUGUGCUUGUUAUAGGAGCCGGUCCCAUUGGAUUGCUCUGCGGAAUCAUCGCACGCAUCUCAGGGGCAUCUAGAGUUGGCAUGGUGGACAUUCAGCGCAGCCGUUUACAAUUCGCAACUACUCAUGGCUAUGCGGACUACAUGGUCGAGGUUCCGACCCUCCCAGAUGCAGGCGAGAGUAAAACAGAAUUCGCUGCCCGUAUUGCGAAAGAUGAAUUGGGUCAACACCCUUCAUUCAAACCCGUGGAUGUGGCUUUUGAAUGUACGGGCGUAGAGGUCUGUGCCAAUUUGAGCAUCCAUUCGACAGCUCCGCGAGGGAAGGUAGUGAUUGUGGGAAUGGGAUCUCCUCACCAAAAUUUGAAUGUUGGUGUUGCUGCGAUCCGUGAGGUUGACAUUAUCAGUGUGUGGAGAUACGCCAAUACUUUCCGGACGGCUAUCGACCUCCUAGCAUCCGGCAAUUUGGAUCUCGGACCGCUCAUCUCACACAAGUAUCCGUUGGAAGAGGCAAAAGCUGCUUUCGAGCUGCUACGCUCGCGACCAGCAGACUUGGUGAAAUGUAUUGUAACUUCCGGGUAG